AUGUUGGAGAAGACUUACACAUCCUUCCACGAGAAGGAUGCAAUCCUCAUGCAACAGUUCGCGAACGAAAGUUCAAAAAGCUCAGCUCCACCACCCGAAGCUCACAUGUUUUCUUCCCAGAAGCAGAAGAAAAAGCAUAAGGGUAAAUUCAACAAGGAGAAAGCCCCUAAGUGGCAGGCCAGAUGUCCACCCCAGAAAAACAACCCUCCCCAGAGCAGCAAUAGUGAGGGAAAGAAGAAGUGGAAGAAGAAGACAACUGAGCUGACGUCCAUUCCCAAGAACACUUGGGAGGAUAAAUACAACAGAUGUGGCAUGACUGGACAUUGGUCCAGAAACUGUCGCACUCCGCGACACCUCCAAGAUCUGUAUCUAGCGAGCCUGAAGUCUCCUGUUGAAACAAAUCUGGUGGAAAAGCAGCCGUCUUCUCAGUUCACUGCUGAUGACAUCGAAAUGGAUGAUCUUCUAGACUAG